UUGCACUGGACUACAGAGAAUACAGAGAGGAUAAGCAACAAAAAUAGAUCCUGACCUUCACCCAAGGAACAAUUGGACAGUGACAUGGAACGCCUUAAAUGUGACGUGCCAAACCAGGUUUGCACAGAGUCAGCGACGCUCUUGAAUGACUAACACAUUCACAGACAUCUGUUCAGACGUGAAAAGUCAUUCUCAACAUCAUGGAACCUCCACAUACAUCAACACCCUCACACAGUGGACAAACCAUUCAACUGCAAGGUGUACAACAAACCGUUCUUGAGGUCGUCAUCCCUUAUCAGACACCAACAUGUUGACAUGAGGGAGAAACUGUUCACAUGCAAGAUGUGUGACAAAUCAUUUACGCACUCAUCAAUUCUUCACGCACAUCAACGUGUUCACACUGGAGAGAAACCAUUCACAUGCGAGGUGUGUGAUAAAUCAUUUUCCGAGAUAUCAACUCUCCGCCUACAUCGUAGCAUUCACACAGGGGUAAAACCAUUCACAUGUGUGGUGUGCAACAAAUCAUUCUCUCAUUCGUGGACCCUCCGUGAUCACCAACGCACUCACACAGGGGAGAAACCAUUCAAGUGCAAGGUGUGCAACAAAUCAUUCUCGAGGUCAUCGUCCGUCCGUGUUCACCAACGUGUUCACACUGGGGAGAAACCAUUCACUUGCAAGGUGUGUGAUAAAUCAUUUGCACAGUCAUCAACCCUCCAUGCACACCAACGCAUUCACACAGGAGAGAAACCAGUCAAAUGUGAGGUGUGCGAUAAAUCCUUUUCACAAUUAGGAGGCCUCCUAGUCCAUCAGAAGAUCCACACAGGGGAGAAACCCUUCAAGUGUGAGGUUUGUGAUAAAGCUUUUGUGACAUCUUCGAGCCUCCUGAUACACCAAAUGAUUCACACUGGAGAGAAACCCUUCCGAUGUGAGGUUUGUCAAAUUGCUUUCAUCCAAUUCUCUGAUCUCCUGAGGCACCAGAGGAUUCACACAGGAGAAAAACCAUUCAAAUGUGACGUGUGUGACCGUGCCUUCACUCAGUUAUCAAUCCUGCGUGCCCACCAACGCAUUCACACAGGAGAGAAACCCUUCAAGUGUGAGGUGUGUGACCGAGCCUUCACACAGUCAUCAACGCUUGUGGAACACCGACGCAUUCAUACGGGGGAGAAACCAUUUCCGUGCAAAGUGUGUGACAAAUCCUUCUCAAGGUCAUCAUCCCUCCUUCUGCACCAGAGGAUUCACACAGGAGAAAAACCCUUUAAGUGUGAGGUAUGUAACCGAGCCUUCACACAGUCAUCAACGCUUGUAGAACAUCAACGCAUUCACACGGGGGAGAAACCAUUUCCAUGUAAAGUGUGCCACAAAUCUUUCUCAAGAUCAUCAACCCUCCUCCUCCAUCAGAGGAUUCACAAAGGAGAAUAACCAUUCAGGUAUAACAUCUGUGACAAAGCUUUAACUUAACCCACUUUUCCAAUCUGCUGAAGCAGAUCCGCUCUGAAAAGAAUCCAUUCAUGUAGGAGGUGUGUGACAAGCCUUCACACAGUCACUGUAUCAAUAGGUUCUUCAACACACACAUAUACAGGACACACAUCCGUGCAAUGUGUGCCAGGAUUGUUUCAGCUCCUCUUCCACUCUUCACAUGGACUCAAGGUCAGGUUACCUGCUUCUGUUGCACUGAGAGCUGCCUGUGCUGUUUGCCCUGCAGUGCUCACACAGGAGGAGCUGUCAUUCGAAAGCACUAUCUGUCUCAAACCUUUCCCACCAUCAGUUGAAUCUUUUCAAGAAGGUCAAUUUAACCUUUGACCAGAUUGCCAAACAUCACCAGAAGGUGGCAUCUAUAUAUAUAGAAGCUCCUGUAUAAACUCAAUUUCCUUUCAGUGCAGCGUCAGGUACUAGUCACACACUGACUCUCACUCUGAACAAGACGACAAUCAGAUACUCAGUCAUCAGAAAGGCUUCAGCUUCUGAUCGACCUGGACAAGCACUCGGGAGAGAAGCCAUUCCUAGGGUAGUAAUAGAGGUAUUUCAAUUAGCCUCAGUGUCUCUGGUCUAUGGAGGGGGACAACAGCCAGGAAUCCUGUUUCUCAUCAGUGAGCCCAGUUGGGAAGUCAGGGGGAGGGCAGGAUGUGUCUCGGCUGUGACAGCCUCCAUUGUCUCACAACAUUCAAUGUCUGGCUGUCCACAUACUGAAUGGGCACUCGAACAGAGCACUAGAGGUCAGUUGAUAUACACAGUCUGUCCUCCAGGUCAGUACCUUGGGGACUGGCGAGAAUGUGAGAGGACAACAGCUUGCAUUUAUAGAACAAUGCCUCUAUUGAAACUGCCUCCACUAGACUCUCAGACAGGAUAAUCUAGAUCCUAACCAUUCACUACAUGAAAUAGUUUUGCUCAUGUCAGCAUUGUCUCAUUUGCCAGCAACCUUAAAUUUAUGUCCCCUCAUUCUCAAUCCUUUCACAAGUGGGACCAUUUCCUCAAUGCCUGCUCUGUGCAGACCCCGCAAAUGUCCUCUUAGCCUUCUCUUCCCCAACGAGAACAGUCCUCUCUUCACCAAUUUAGCUCUGUAACUGAAGUUCCUCAUUCCUGGAACCAUUCUGAUGAAUCUUUACUGCACCUUCUUUAAUAUCUUCAUCUUUCCUGAAGAAUGGUGCCGAGAACAAGAAGCAGCGCUGUAGCUGAGGCCAAGCCUGUGCUUUGGAUACUAUCUUUGGUUUUCUGCGCUCAUAACAAUAACAAUAAAUUAAUUGCUCUGCCAUCCUGUCCUGCCAGCUUCAGUGAUUUUGUGCCAAGGUCCCUCUGAUCUUGCACCCUUUUAGAACCUUUAUUUUAUAUUAUCUUUCUGCAUUCUUCCUAUCAAAAUAAAUCACUGCACACUUCUCUGCAUUAUAUUUCUUCUCCAACCUCUCCACCUAAUCUACAAACUUGACUCCUUUUGACAUUUUACAUGAACCUCUUCACAGUUCACAACUUAUGUACUGUGCAAACAUUGUUGGUCUGUACACCAAAGAUCUGUGUUCUAACACUGAUGCCUGGACAACUACACUCCUCGAUUGUCAACUGAAAAAUAUCUAUUAACAACUUCUCACUGUUUCUCUCUAUCAAUGAAACAAUUUUUGCUUUGAUUCCAUGAGUUCUAACUUUUUUCGCACAUCUGUUAUCUGCCUUUUGGAAGUCCUUGUACACCAUCUCCACGGUGUUCCCUUCAUCAAGCCUCUCUGUUACCUCGACAAAAGACUUACAGAAUUAAAUUAAACUCUCAUUGCUCUCACUAAUCUGACUCAUUUCAUUUAAUAAUGCACAAUUGUCCAAGUUAUUUAAAACACAUUUGGACAGGUACACAAAAAGGAAAAGUCUAGAGGGAUAUGGGCAAAAUACAGGCAAGUGGGACUAGUUUAGUUUGAGAAACUUGGUCAGCAUGGAUGAGUUGAACCAAAGGGUCUGUUUCCCUGCUGUAUGAUUCUGUGACUGAAUUUUGUCCUCAAUUAUUAUUUCCAGAAGCUUUCCAAUCACUAAUUAAACUGACUGACCUGACUGGUAUUUGCUGCAUUUACCUUUUCGUCCUUAUUUGAUUGAUGGUGUAAUAUUUGCAAUUCUCCCGUUCUCCUGCACUACUGCCAAUUCUCAGGAAGACUGGAAUAUUAUGGCCAGUGCCUCCACAAUUCUCACUCCAGCCCAAAUAAUCUUAUCUUUAAAGGCAACUUGUUAUUCAUUUACCAUUUCUCCUGACAAUCUUUGAUUCCAACUUUUCUGGUCAUAUUGUUCUUAUGUCAUUGCAGUAGGUGUUCCUCCAGUUACUUACUCGGAAUUGUUACUUGUACUUCUCCAUCAUCACACCUAAACCUUCUGAUACAAUGAUCUCUGAAGCAUGCCUCUCCUGAUACUUGCGACUAUUCAGUGACAUCCAUGAUCCUGGUAUUAGCAAAGUGACAUACUGUCCCAGAUUCACAUCUAUGGCCACACUAAAGUCUGUCUGUUCUCGUAACUAAUGAGCCUCAAUCACUAUUGCUGUUCCAGUUUUGUGCAUAUCCUUAUGUAAACCUGAUCCAGCUGUGAUGCCUGGUCUCCACAGAACAACUAUCACUUUCGUCAGGAUUCAGGGCUCAAUAUUGGUUGCAGUGAGAUAUUUUCAGUGUUCUGCAGUACUUGCCUUCCUGACACGCAUCCAAAACCCACCCCUGACCAGCCCAGCUUCAAUUUUAAUGCUGUGGCCCCUGUGCUUGUAAAGUGAGCCAGCUCUCAGUAAUAAGUAUGGGGCAGAAUCAGAUCCUGCUUUAUUUGGUGAUGUGAAUUAUAGAUUAAUCCUCUUCAGGUGAUAAGUGUUUGACUAAUACAAUGAGGAAUGUUUGUCUGGGAGGGCUACUAUCCUGAGUAUGAUGAGGGAGUGGGUGCGAAUCUCUGCAGACCCGAGUUCUUAAAGCUUUCAAGAAGAUUUGCAGCUCAGUUUGUGGAUGAGGCUGUAGACAUGCUCACCCAACCGGUGGGUUUGGUUGCCAAUGUUUCAUCGCCCUGCUAGAUAACAUCGUCAUUGCGCCUCCGGUGAAGCGU